AGUGAUUUGUCACAACAUUACAUUGUCAAAAUAAAAAUAAAUUAAGGGAAAUGGAAAAUAAUAAAAAAUAUCCAUCUAAAUUAAUAACACUAUAAAGCUAUUAAUAAUAAAAUGGAACACGCGUCGAUGUCUGAGAAAAUUUUGCGCACAAUAGAAACUACAAUCAAAAAUGAUUCGCUUUUGUCUGAUUUCACCAUUAUCCCUGUGGCCAACAACGCCGAAAAUCGCAGCCCAGUUUUGUACGAGAAUCAUCAUUUCGGCUUAGAAUCGUGGUGUGUUCGAUACAUCUAUGAUUAUGCCUGCUCCAAAUUGUUCGAAGCUCGCAGAAGCCUUGCCCAGAAGAAAAUAAGUUUUUCCCUUAAAGAUGACUUGAACUAUUUAAUUGUAGGAGCUCUAUUAAUAAACCCUGAUGUGCCGACUUUCUGGAAUAUGAAGCGAGAAUUAGUAGAGGAUAAUGUAUUGAGUUUGGAAGAAGAGCUUACUUUUAGCAGGCUGGUGUUGACUCACAAGCCGAAAUCAAAUGAAGUAUUUUCUUAUAGGAGAUGGCUUAUUAAUAGGAAAUUAUUUAAACCCUUACUACCAUCCGCUGAAAUCAUUCUAAUGCAUGAAUUAUAUGUUUGUACACAAACUGCAGAGAAUACCCCAAAUAAUUACCAUUCUUGGAUCCAUAGGCAGUGGGUCGUAACAAAAUUUUAUAAAUACAUUUCAAACCUUAUAACAGCGGAAUUAGACAUGAACAAAUUUUGGAUUUCGCGACACAUAUCUGAGAGUUGUGGUUAUCAUUAUAGGCAAUUUUUACUAAAUCAAUUAAAAUUGCAUAACAAUUUACUUUCUCUCAAUAUCAAGUUUUAUUUAAAAAAUGUUUUAUGGCAUUUUAGAAUUCAACAUUGUGAUGAUCCUGAACAUUUUUUAAUAUAUUUGUUAGGGGAACCAGCUAAAAAUAAUACUAUAAAAGAUUUAUCUAGAUUUACACAUUAUGUAAUUUAUAUUUUUAAAGAACUCUCAUAUACAAUGAAUAUUGAUGUCAUGAAUCAAGUACACGAGCCAUAUUGGCUUCAUAGAAGAUACAUUCUACACGAGUUAUUGGAAGCUUCCCAUAAAUAUUUAGGCCAAGAAUUCAGCCCCGGUCAAAAUUUAAAUACCAUACAAUUAAAUAAAACUGAGUCAAUUAUGAACAACAUUGAUUGUGAAGAGAAACAGCCGAAAAUAUUUAAAACUCAGCCCAGUGAAUCUCAAUGGACCUCUAGUAAUAUGUUUAGGAUUAUGGGUAUUGUAGAGAAAGAUUUUAUUGAGGCAAACAUAAGGGCGGGCGGGGUGCAGUGCGAAUAUGCUAAUAAACAUAAAAGAUGGUUGAAGUAUAUGAUGAAAUUUGAAAUAAGAUAAUUUUAGUUUUGUUUUGUUUUUUUGUAUUAUAUGUUUAUAUGUAUGCAAGGUAUUAAUAAAUUGUGAGUAUUAUAAGUUUGCAUUUGGUAUUUAUCUAGAAUAAUAUAAAAGUAACUGUAAAAAGAUUUUUUUGAGUUUUAAGUUUCCCAAGUAAUAUCCAGGUGCAACAACUAACAGGUUUCAUUUAUUUUUUCGUAAAUUUCUAUUUAAAUAGUUGCUGACCCUUUCCAUUUCUGACACUCUUAUUAUUCGAGGAUUCACAUAGCCUCAUCGAUGUUCAUAAUUGUCUAUGCUUGCCUUUAACUGGUUUUUGAAGAGCAUGUUGACUUCGUAAUUUCCUCGAAGAUUCUGGAGAUUUUUUUUCUCUCAACAUUUGUUACAGGCUUGGCAAAAAUCCGGCUAGUGGAUAGAGGUUUUUUGUGUUUUUAGUCUAUAUUUUCAUUUAUUAUAAAUAUCCGAGUAAAUAUCUAACAUUUUCAAACAAAUAACUAGUUAUGUGUUUCACAAUUUUAUUUUAAUUUUCUCUCUAUAAAAGCAGUAUUUUCAAAAAAAAAAGGUUUCUUAUACAUCCUUUUUCUAAAAAUUUUUGGUUGGAAAUUUUGAAAUAAAUUAUCCCAAAUUGCUUAACAUGAUUUUAUUUCUGGAAUUAAAAGUCCAAAUGAGCUGAAAUUCUCAGAAAUUGUAGUCC